UGCCCAGAGCUCGCUUUGGUGAAGACAGCAUGUGCGGCCGUGAGCUGUGAGGAUGGAGAAGAGAGUGUGUGUGAUCCAGACUGACUUCCACCAGUACAGACCCACCAUUGCUCUGCACAGCAGACCCCUGGCACAUGAGCAGGAGAGUGUUCAGGCAUCUGAGCACCGCUGUGCCCAACUGGAGAAGGCCCGGCGUGAGCUGGAGCGGCAGCUGUCAGGCCUCUCAGACCGUCUGGAGGAGGAGGAGGUCUGCGCGGCGCAGCUGGCCCUUCACAGAGACAGGCUGGAGGCCGAGUGCAGCAGCCUCAGACGAGACCUGGAAGAACUGGAGAGCGCUCUGACUGUGUCUGAGGAGGAUAAACAGUUAUCGCACAGUGAGGUAAGGAGGCUGUCAGAGCAGCUUUUUCAGAAGGACGAGGUGGUGCAGAAGCUGCAGAAGGAGAAAGAACACCUGGUGGAGCUCAGCCAGCAGGCCAUCGAGGACCUGCAGAGUGAAGAGGAGAAAGUCAACCUGCUGACCAAAGAGAAAACCAAGCUGCAGAUGCACGCUGAAGAUUUGGAGUACCAGCUGGAACAGGAGCGCCAUCAGCGUGCUGAGCUGGAGAAGAGCAGGAGGAGGCUGGAGGGUGACAGCAGAUCUUCUCAGGACAGUCUGGGAGAAAUGGAGAAGAUGAGGAGUGGACUGGAAGACCUCAUUAAAAGGAAGGAGCUGGAGAUCAGCAAUACCAGCUCCAAACUUGAAGAAGAGGAGGCCCUCAACUUUGGAUUGCAGAGGAAGACAAAUGAGCUACAGGCUCGCAUUGAAGAGCUGGAGGAGGAGCUGGAAGCAGAGAGGACCAUGAGAGCCAAGGUGGAGAAGCAGAGAGCAGAUCUCACCAGAGAGCUGGAUGAUCUCACAGACCGCCUUGAAGAGGCAGGCGGGGUCACUGCCUCACAGAUGGAGGUGAACAAGAAGCGAGAGGCAGAGCUGCAGCGCCUGAGACGAGACUUGGAGGAGUCCUCUGCCCAGUCUGAAGCUCUGGCUGCAUCUCUGAGGAAGCGGCACAGCGAUGCCAUGGCAGAGCUCACUGAGCAGUGUGAAGCUCUGCAGAGGACCAGAGCCAAGCUGGAGAAGGAGAAGCAGAACCUGAGGAUGGAGGUGGAUGACCUGGCUGCUUCACUGGACAGUCUACAGAAAGCCAAGAUGUCCUCUGACAGCCAGAUGAAGAAGCUGGAGGAGCAGCUGUCUGAGGCCAACAGGAGAGGAGACGACCUGCAGAGGACCCUCACUGAGCUCAGCGUGGCCAAGAACAGACUCACAGCUGAUAACGCCGACGUGAGUCGGCAGAUGGAGGAGGCGGAGAGCAGAGUGAGCCAGCUGACCCGAUCCAAGACUCUCCUCCAGUCACAAGUGGAAGAGCUGAAGAAACAGCUGGAUGAGGAGGUCAAGUGUAAGCAGGGGGUCAGCAGCACUCUGAGCUCAGUGCGGCAGGAGUGCGAGGUGCUGAGGGAGCAGCUGGAGGAGGAGCAGGAGAGCAAGCAGGAGAUGCAGCGCCUCGUCUCCAAACUCAACAGCGAGGUGACGCACUGGAGGACCAAACACGAGGCGGACGCCAUCCAGCACGCUGACGAGCUGGAGGAGACCAAGAAGAAGCUGGCAAGCAGGCUUCAGGAGGCUGAGGAGGCCGUGGAGGCCACCCAGAUGAAAUGUUCCUCACUGGAGAAAACCAAACAGAGGCUGCAGGGAGAGGUGGAGGAGCUCUGCAUGGACCUGGAGAAGGCCAGCAGCUGUGGACAGGCUCUGGAUAAGAAGCAGAAGGUCCUGGAGAAGCAGCUUGGAGACUGGAAACAGAAGUGUGAGGAGCUGGUGGCUGAGGUGGAGGGCUGCCAGAAGGAGAGCAGGCAACACGCCAGCGAGCUCUUUAAACUCAAGACUGCUCACGAAGAGACUCUGGAACAGCUGGAGGCUCUGCGUAGGGAGAACAAGGCCUACCAGGAGGAGAUAACAGACCUGACAGAGCAGCUGUCAGAUGGAGGGAAGAGCGUCCAUGAGCUCCAGAAAGCAAAAAAGAAGAUUGAGAUGGAGAAAGAAGAGCUCCAGGCCUCACUGGAGGAAUCUGAGGCUGCACUGGAGGCUGAGGAGACCAAGGUGCUGAGGCUGCAGCUGGAGGUGUCUCAGGCGAAAGCGGACCUGGAGCGCAGACUGCAGGAGAAGGAGGAAGAGGCUGAAGCUGCAAGAAAAAGCCACCAGAGGGCGCUCGAGUCCCUGCAGGCCAGUCUGGAUGUAGAGGUGAAGGGGAGAGCAGAGGGGCUGAAGCUGAAGAAGAAACUGGAGGCUGACAUCAAUGAGCUGGAACUACAGGUGGACCUGCUCACCAAGAGCAACACAGAGCUCAGCAAGAACAGCAAGAAGAUGCAGCAGCAGAUGAAGGAGCUUCAGGCUCAGCUGGAGGAGGAAGUGAGGAGCCACGAGGAGAGCAGGGAGGAGCAGGCAGCCAUGGAGCGACGCUGCUCUCUGCUGGUCAGCGAGGGUGAGGAGACCCACGCAGCCCUGGAGAGCGCAGAGAGGGCCCGAAAGGCUCUGGAGAUAGAGCUGCAGGAGGCCGCUGAGAAAUACAGCGACCUCAACAACCAGUUCCAGGCGGCUCUGAGCGGGAGGAGGAAGCUGGAGAUGGAUUUCCAGACUCUGCAGCAGGAGCACGAGGAGCUGCAGGCAGAGACGAGAGGAUGCACAGACAAAGCUAAGAAGGCCACCUGUGAGCUGGCACGAGUUGGGGAGGAGCUGCGUCUGGAGCAGGAGCACACGCUGCACCUGGAGAGAGUGAAGAAAGGUCUGGAAGCCCAGAUCAAAGAGAUGAGCAGCAGGCUGGAGGAGGCCGAGCAGAUGGCUCUGAAAGGAGGAAAGAAGAUUAUCCAGAAGCUGGAGGGCAAGGUGAAGGAGCUGGAGCUGGAGCUGGACUCGGAGCAAAAGCGACACGCUGAGACGGUGAAGACGCUGCGGAAGCACGAGCGACGGCUGAAGGAGCUGCUGUUCCAGUCAGAGGAGGACCAGAAGAACCAGCAGAGGAUGCAGGAGCUGGUGGAGAGGCUGCAGAACAAGAUGAAGGCUUACAAGAGACAAGUAGAGGAGGCCGAGGAACAAGCUAACAUGAACCUGGCGAAGUACAGGAAGACCGUCCACGAGCUGGAUGAUGCUGAAGAGAGGGCGGACAUCGCUGAGUCAGCACUCACCAAGAUCAGGACCAAGAACAGAGGCAGCUUCGGCAAGGGGUACUCGUCUGGUUAUAGCACUCCAUACCCAGGCCGGGUCCGGUCACCCAGCUCAGCGGGCUCGGAGGGCAGAGGAGAGAAGAUCCUCAACGAUGACGAGGAAUCGGUCAGCUCCCUCAUCCCGGCCUAUCUCAACUCCCUCAAGAAGCUCAUGAUUGAUUAGGAACCUGGCUUUAGUCCCACCAUCAUCCUCCAGAAGUGAAGCAAAGUACAGUAUGAAGUUUGAAACAUCCAAAAGGGUCUGUGGGUGGCUUCAGUGUGUUCAGGUCAUUCAGACCCGUUUGUGUAUGCUCUACAUUCAUGCUGAAUUUUCUACAACAUACUUGUGGCUUCCUCUCAGUGUAGCUCUGACACAGCUUUAUAGCCCACAAUCUAUAUCCAUUUUUACUGUAAUAUUUGUAUGUAAAAAGUCACAAAUGUUCCAGAUUCUCACUUAAGUAACACUUUAUUACAAUGUGCAUAUAUAUCUUUUAUUAGACCAUCAGUUAAUUAUCCAUCCAUAAAAUCUGCCAUAAAAUUAAAAUCAAAUUCUCAGCUGUGUUCUCACUCUGGAACAUACAAUAUUUUUGCCAUUUUAUGACAUUUUCUAUGUGUUUAAUACAAAUAAGACCAAGUGUCAGCUGCCAGAAGCUGGGGCAGCACAGCGGCGUGGUUCUCUGUGUUUGUGUGGGUUCUCUGUGGUCCUCCCACAGUCCAGAGACAUGCAGUCAGUGGGGUUAGGGUAACUGGUGAGUCUAAAUUGGCCUGAGUUGUUGUCUGUCUCUCUGUGUUAGCCCUGCGACAGGCUGGUGACCUGUCCAGGGUGUACCCAGCCUCUCACCCUGUGACAGCUGGGACAGGCUCCCGCACCCCCACGACCCUGAAAAGGGUAAGUGGAAGAAAAUGGAUGGAUGCCAGUAACUGCAGUUCCUCUAAUGGCCACAGAAGGCCGGCUGUAAAAGUCAGUCCUGUUAGUGUCUGUUAGAGUGGUACCGUUUUACACAGCCUGGUACAGCUAAUUCGCAGAUAUGUGUCUUUGUGUUGGAUGCAGCUUGCUAGCAUUAAUAAAAUAUGGUCACUUUUGGUUCCAAAAAACAAACAUGGUGACAUCAUCGAAGGGUCUAAAACCAGUGGGUGAUGUCACACUGGCCACACCUACAGUCUCAAGAUCAUAAUGCUUUCCUGCUUCAGUGCCAUGAACAAGCAUUAGCCCGUCCUGAUGUAUUUGUUUUUUGCAUAUUUGUCACAAUUACAGGUUUCAGGUUAUCAAAGAUGGCACACAUUAGGGCGCCUGGGUGGCUUAGUGGUGAGGCCGGCGACCACGUGCAUAUGCCGCGUUGCGGUGCAGGAGGCGCGGGUUUGCAUCCCGGCCUGUCGCCAGUUUGCCCGAAAAAGUAACUGCCCCUAAACCUGAUAACUGGUUGGGUCACACCGUGCAGUGAGAACUGGACUGGAUUAUUAUUAACUGGAUUAUUUUAAUUCCGCCACAUUUUUUUCUGUUUCCCAGAGUUUUGGGGCUCAUCCAGAUGUUUGUUGGCAGAUGUGAGACGAGCCUUUGUGUUCUUGUUGGUCAGCUGUGGUUUUCUCCUACGAGCUCUCCCAUGGAGGCCAUUUUUGCCUCGUCUCUUUCUUAUUGUUGAAUCAUGAACUCUGACCUCUUCUUUUAGGCUGCUUCACCUUGACAGGUUUUAUUCAGGUGAUUUUUUUUUUUUUUUUUUUUUGAGUCAACAGGUGUGGCAGUGAUCAGGUCUGAGUGUGGCUGAUGAAACUGAGCUGCAGUGCUUAAUCAGAGUCAGAUCAUGAUGUAACAAAGCCACAGAGCCCUUCAGUAUCUUUUUUCCUUUAAUAAAUCCAUCCACUCUCUUCUGCUCAUCCUUUUCAAAACUGCAGUUUCUAUUUACUCAGGUCACCUUUUUCUAAUUAAAAUUUGUUUAAUGAUUUGAAAGUGUGACAAAUAUGCAAAAACCUAAAAAAAAACAACUUUUUGACAGCACUGUAAACACUGUUUGGAGUCAAUAUUUUCUACCUUUGAGCAAAAUCUGAGAACCUCUUAGAUAAAUCUGGUCAGAUACAAUAUUAUCCAUGUACAAUCACACAGGUUCAGACGAUUUGGAGUCGGUCAGUAACUUUGUACAUAAGCGACAUAAAUAUCAAAGAUUUCAGAUUUUCAUGACUAACUUAUGCCUCAUAAAUGACUGCAGUCACUAUCAUAAAGUGUUACUGUACGUGGGUUAUUGUAGGUCAUUAAUUUCAGUAUAUUUUGAAAUGUACCUUUAUUAUCAGUGCCUAAACCUGUAAUGAGACCAAAUCUGCUGUUGAAUGUGAAAACGUGUUUUUAAGGAAAUAAAA